CCUAAACUCGGGCUCGACACAGGAAGAACAAGAAAAUUUUCGCAGAUUUUGGUUGUCUCCUGGAUUGCCACCGCCUCCCAUCACCGUAUUGCUUCGAGCAGAACGUCCCCGACCAUGGCCGCCUUUGUCAAAGCCAUCAAUGCCAGGAUACGGGCGAAUCCGGUCACGGAUUACCUAUGUUCGACGCAUUUCUGGGGACCUGCGUCGAACUUCACAAUCCCCCUGGCGGCCAUCGCGGACACGCGGAAGAGCCCCGAGCUCAUCUCGGGUCAGAUGACCGCCGCCCUCUUCCUCUACUCGUCGACCUUCAUGCGCUUCGCUAUGGCGGUCCAACCGAAGAACUACCUCAUGUUCGCCAUGCACUUUGUCAACUGGGGCGCCCAGACGACGCAGGGGUACCGAUAUGCCGACUACCACUACAUGGGCGGCAAGCAGAGGGCCCUGGAGGCGGGCACCGUGCAGCCGCAGGUGGUGGCUGUCAAGACUGCGGUGGCUUGAGCGGCGAGGGGUUAACGGAAAACGACAUUGGGGAAUGUUGUAUAUAAAAAGAUCCUGAGGUCACCGAAGCCGAGAUGAUGUGGUCCCGGUGGGGCGUUUCUUAAUCUCUGGGGGGGAGGGCACGAAAGCAGGAAGCCGACGAGGUUCAUGAUGGAUGUCUGGGAAACCCGAUGAUAUGCGUAUCGGCCGGCGGAUGGACCUGCCGUUUUCAAAUUUUCCCGCUUCUUUAUCUCCUUUGUCAUAAUUUUUAAUCUCCUUCUCUUCUAAAUGCAGCCGCAGGAUGGCCCUGGGGAGGAAAUAUCACGCCGCUCUUGACAUCUGACGUGAAGCCUGUC